AUGGCGACGUUCUACGCGAAUCCCAACGAAGAAAAUGAAAUUUGGAUCGAACAGGCCGCCUUCGAUUCGAGAUUUCGCGUUUGGCAUUACAUUUUUUUCUGUUUUUCCGCCUUCACUAUCGCCGUGGUGCUAUUUUGCUGUUGCGUUAAAAUCAGAGUGCCGAGGACGAAGCAGGAAAUCGAGGCGGAUUAUUGCAGGAAAAAAUUGGCGGGGAAGUUCAGGCAUAGGCUCAAAUUGAUCAAAAAUCAGGAUAUGGACACCAUGGAUUUGGAAAGAGCGUUGCAAAUAAUUCAAGACGAUUACGCAGAGGAAAAGAGCAAAAUCGCCGUCGAUGCUUCGACGAAACAUUAG